CAAAUUGAUGAGAACCUAAAACGAGCCCUCCAAGAAGAUCUGACGAUCAUGGCGCCAGGACUCUACAUUCAGGCGGUCCGAGUCACCAAGCCUAAGAUUCCUGAGCAAAUUCGUCGAAACUAUGAGGCAAUUGAAGCAGAAAAGACUAAGCUUUUGAUAGCGAUGCAAAAGCAAAAAGUCAUCGAGAUGGAGGCGGAAACAGAGCGACGAAGAGCUAGGAUUGAGGCCGAAAAACAGGCUGAAGUGGAGCAGAUCGAAUGGCGUGCCCGCAUCGAGGCACAGCGCAAUCAGCUUUCGGUGAGCUCCCUUGAAGACGAAGCUAAGGUAGCACGGGCACGCGCCGAAGCAGACUCAGAGCUUUAUCAUGCUCAGAAACAAGCCGAGGCGGACCAGGCCCGUUUAACGCCACAAUAUCUCGAGUUGGCCAAAUUCCAAGCGAUGUCUGCAAAUGCCAAAAUUUACUUCACCUCUGGUGGGGCCGAUGUUGCCGGUGGUUUUGGUGGCGUCAUGAAUGGACCCUUGCUUUUUGAUCUGCUGGCGAGCCAGUUAUCCAGCCUCAAAGCUCAGAUGCACAAUUUAACACAGACAUUCUCUUAA